CAGAAUCACAUGACCGGCUGCAGUCAGUCACAUGACCUGCAGUGAUCAGAGCGACUGCAGCACGCGGACAGGUGGACUCUGAAAGAUGCAGGUGUUCCUGUGGUUCCUCCUGACGUUCCUGCUGGGCGCCGGCGCCGCUCCCUCUGCAGAUGAGGUCAGCUUCCUUCCUGGGCUCCAGAAGCAGCCGAGCUUCAGGCAGUACUCUGGAUACCUGAACGUGGCUGAUGGGAAACACCUUCACUACUGGUUUGUGGAGUCUCAGAGCAAGCCGUCGUCCGACCCGGUGGUUCUGUGGCUGAACGGCGGUCCGGGCUGCAGCUCAUUGGACGGACUGCUCACCGAGCAUGGACCCUUCCUGAUCCAGGACGAUGGAGUGACGCUGCAGUACAACCCGUACUCCUGGAACAAGAUUGCCAAUAUGUUGUACCUGGAGUCUCCAGUGGGUGUCGGCUUCUCAUACUCUGACGAUAAGAAUUACAAAACCAAUGACACAGAGGUGUCCAUGAACAACUACCUGGCUCUGAAGGAGUUCUUCCGGCUGUUUCCAGAGUACAGCAGCAACGAGCUCUACCUGACCGGAGAAAGUUACGGUGGGAUCUACAUCCCGACGCUCGCCGAGCGAGUCAUGGAGGACUCCAGCCUGAACCUGCAGGGCGUUGCUGUGGGCAACGGGAUGUCGAGCUACGAGCUGAAUGAUAACUCUCUGGUUUACUUCGCCUACUACCACGGCCUGCUGGGCAGCCAGCUGUGGGCGGAGCUUCAGAUGUACUGCUGCAGCGGCGGGAAGUGCGACUUCCACAACAACCAGAACCCCAACUGCACUGAAAAGUUGUCAGACGUCCAGACGAUCCUUUACAGUUCAGGGCUCAACAUUUACAACCUGUACGCUCCGUGUGCGGGAGGAGUCCCUCACAGAUUCAGUGUGGACCAUGGGCAGCUGGUGGUCAGAGAUAUGGGGAACAUCUUCAUCAACCAUCAGGAGACCCGCCAGUGGAACCAGAAGCUGAUGAGUCUGGCCGCUGUGCACCUGUCCGUCCGCCUGGAUCCGCCCUGCACCAACUCCACGCCGUCCAGCCUCUACCUGAACAACGCGUAUGUUAAGAAAGCUCUGCACAUCAGUCCCGACGCUCUGGACUGGGCCAUCUGCAGUUCUGAGGUGAACCUGAUGUACGGCCGGCUCUACAUGGACGUCAGGAAGCAGUACCUAAAGCUGCUCUCAGCUCUGAAGUACCGGGUCCUAGUUUACAACGGAGACGUGGACAUGGCCUGCAACUUCAUGGGUGACGAGUGGUUUGUGGAGUCUCUACAGCAGCAGGUGGAGGUCCAGCGGCGUCCCUGGGUCUAUGAUGGUCUGGAUGGUCAUCAGAUCGGAGGCUUCGUUAAAGAGUUUGACAACAUAGCCUUCCUCACGGUGAAGGGCUCUGGUCACAUGGUUCCAACAGAUAAACCUGUCGCCGCCUUCACCAUGUUCACCAGGUUCAUCAAGAAGCAGCCGUACUGACCUGAGGCCCGUUUGGACCUGCUCAGCUGCCGUACUCUCAGGGUGUUUUUCUGUUUUAUAUCACUGUCAAAAUGGGUCUCUUGUAAAAAUUAUUAAUCAAAUGUCCUCUUUGUGUUGGCUCCAUAUCUCCAUGGAAACGAGCACCUGUUGAUUUUCUGACGGUUUGAAGGGAAACGAAAAUAAACAACGAUUUCAACCAAA